UAAUGAAACUGAUAUGCACCAUUGGACCAAUAGGAAUUUUUUAUUGAAAUUGACAUUUCUGCGUAUAUUUUGGUUUUAUCAAAAUAUUAGAUAAUACGUAAACAUAAUUGGUUAUUAAAUGUUAUAUCAUAAAAUUUAUAAAAGGAAUAAUGAAUCGUGAUAAACAUAAUUCUGAGAAAUCACACAAAGGUAAAUUUAGUAGAAGACGUUCUUUAUCAGAGUGUGCUGCUUCUUCUUCUUCUACUACAUCUGAUCAAAGUUAUAAUAAAUUUAAUAUUAAAACUAAAAAAGAUUUAAAAAUCUUAUCCAAAAAUGAUGACAGUAUGGAAAAAGAUAACGUGAAUGUUUUUUCCAAAUGGAAUCACUGUGAGUUAUUAAAUUCAACUAUAGAUAGUUCAGUAAAAACAAAGAAGAAAAUAUUUGGAACAAAUAUGAAUCUUGGUUCUUCAGAAAUCAUAAGAAGCGUGUCCGAAUUAAAUCUAUCAGAUUCAUUGGAAGAAAAUAAAAAUGUAUCUAAAGAACAAAUUUUUGAUUAUUUGAAAUCUAUAAAUUUUGAUGAAAUGUCAACCACUCAAUCUGGUAAUAGAAAAAAUUGGAGAAAAUCUAAGAAUACUAAUGAGAGAUCGCAAUUUAGAUAUAAUAUUUCGAAAAAGAAGACAACCGUUGAUGCUACACAAUAUAAUAAUGAAGUACAAGAAUGUGAAACUCAAGAUGCAAUGAUGCAUAAUGUAAACAAAUCAUGCACCAAAUCUAAAAGACCGAUAACAACAAAUACAAAUACAACCAUGUCAAAUUAUAAUAAAAAGAUACGCUUAUAUUGUUUAAAUAAUAAAGUAUUGAUAAUUAUGGAAGAAAAUACCAGUUUCUGUUUUAAUGGUAAAUUAUCUAUAAGUGUAUUGUAUGGUGCAAUAGAAGUUUACGGAUCUCAUGUUACCAGAGUUGAUUCUCCGAUAUCUGUAUAUUCUCCAAAAGGAUACAGUUGUGUAGUUAUAGAAAAUAGUCAUAAGUAUGCAUGCAAUAAUAUAGAUAUUUGGACAUCAUUAUCUAAGGAAGGUAUCAAUCCUGAUAUAAAGAAUGCAUUACAAUACGAUAUCAACCAUCGCAAACCGGGUAUGGCAGUAAUUACAUUAAUUAAUUUGGAAAAUAAAUUAACAACAUUUGUUGAUGCUUAUUUUUCGAUGAAAUUAUUUCCCACUAUUCGCAAUGUCAGAUAUUAUUCUUGGAUUGACAGAAGGAGAGCAGAAAUGAUAUUGCAAUCGAAUCUUUAUUUUGAUAUUCAAAAUUAUAAAAGAUUGGUAAUUGAUCCUACCAUAACAGGAAUACUUGCUGAAAAAAUGAUAAACCGUUGGCAUUCUAAUAAUUGGUCAUGUACAUUAAUAGCAGGUGGUAAAAGUGUUGGAAAAUCGACUACUGUACGUUAUUUAAUAAACACCUUAUUAUCGAUCACUGGAAUGGUUGCUUUAGUAGAUGUCGAUCUUGGUCAAAGUGAAUGUACACCACCUGGCAAUGUAUCUUAUAGUUUGAUCAAAGAACCAUUAGCUGGACCAAAUUUUACUCAUUUAUUAACACCAGUGUAUCAACUGUACAUAGGAGAUGUAAAUGUAACUCGGUGUAUCACAAGAUACAUUGAAUGUCUUAAAUUGUUAGCAAGUAAUUUAUUACUUUGUCCAACCUUGUCACGUUUACCGAUUGUUAUAAAUACAAUGGGUUUUACUGAGGGUAUAGGAUGGGAUCUCGUUGUGUUUACGAUCAAACUUUUCCAGCCUUCUUUCAUUGUACAAAUAAUGUCUGAAAAGACAAAAAACAAUUAUGCUAAUUUAUUGAGUAGUGAUAUCAUAAAUAGUCAAACUCUUGCAGGUUUUUCAUGGAGUGAAAAUAUUGAAGUAAAUAUAAAUAAACCGUGUUCUCAUGAGCUAUAUGUUAUAAAUACAAAUGCUGAAAUGAAGCGUAAAUCAAUGAAUGAGACAUUGGACAUGGAACCUUAUCAACAACGUGAACUCGCUAUGAUGUCAUAUCUAAGUGAAAUCAUUAAUCCAGAAGACAAUUUCAUGUUUUGUGCUCAAUCUGCGUCACUUAACAUCAAUGAAACUGAACCAUUCGUUAUACCUUUUGCUUCUAUAACCAUCGUUCUACUACAAAAGGAUGUACCACCUUCAAAUGCAUUAAAAGUAAUCAAUGGUAGUCUGGUUGCUCUGUGUGGCGUCAAUUGGACAGGUGUUGUGUUUCCAGAAACAGUUCCACCAAAGCCUCGUAUAUUAACAACAGUACCUUUAUGCAUUUGCUAUGGUUAUGGAAUAAUUCGUGGGGUUGACACGGAAAAAGAAGAAAUUUACAUAAUCUCUCCACUGCCUUUUGUAUUUAGGCAACGUGUCAAUUGUUUAAUAGGAAGUAUAACUAUGCCUAUGAAUUUAUUACGAUUAAAUCAACCAAAUGUAUCACAUGCAAGUGGAAAUAAUACUUUACCAACGAGUCGUGAUCCACGUAAAGAACAUUUUCGUAUGAGACGUAAAAAUAGACGAACUUCAGAUUGAUUCAGUUUUAUUUUUUAAGAAAAAUUACAACAUUAUUUUUUUAACUAUUCAAGUUUCAUAAAAUGAAACAUACAAAGGGUAUACAAAGGGACAUUUGACUAAUUAAAAUUAUUCUUUUUCUUUUA